GAUUGCUUUGUGCCACAGCGGAACGAUUAAAAUGUUCACGAAAAUGUACCGUGUACUAUCGAUGUGUGCGGAUAAUUGUGCGCAAUAGUAAUAUCACGGAGUGCGUAGUUUUUUUCGUUGGUAUUUUUCACAUUUUUUUCGUUUUUCCAUGUUCGCUAUUAUUAAUUAACAUUCUAUCGUAUGUGCGUUGGGACAACCAUGGGAUGCGAAGCUUGAUUGUUCGUCCGCGCGCUAGAUAGACGAAACUCGAAUUUUGUCCACACGGAUGCGGUACGUGCGUUAUCCAUCGUUCGUGUGAUAAAAUAAUUAUUGUACCUAUUUCGUAAUCGUCGUCCGUGUCCGCCGCUUCCAAACUUUUUGCUGUUAUGGUGAUGUGUUGUUAAAAAGUUUAUAUAAAUCUAUUAAAAAUUAAAUAAUUUUUUAAAAACCUGACCUACUAAUAUAAUAGUAGGUAGCAAAACCAAAAUAAGUGGGUAACACUUAACCUGCAGCUGUAACGUCGGUAGGUAUUAUUGGUAUUGUCUUUUGAAAAAUGGCAGCCGAGAGGGAGAUAGCUGCUGAGGAUAGUAUUAAAGUCGUCUGUCGAUUUCGACCAUUGAAUGACUCUGAAGAAAAAGCUGGUUCUAAAUUUAUAGUGAAAUUUCCCAGCGGACCUGACGAAAAUUGUAUAACAAUCGGCGUAAGUUCUAAUUAGACAGUUUUAAUUAUUUUUAAAUGCUUGCAGAUUUAACUAUACAUGCAAAUAACUAUUUAACAUAAUAAUUUUGGGUACCUAUUAUUUUAAUGAGUAAUUUGUGUUUACCUUUUUCAUUUGAGUCAUUUUUUAUUCAACAGACCUUUGCCUAGUUUGGCAGCUGGUAUACAAAUAUCUAUAUUUAUUAUUUAAAAUUGCCAAAAUCAAUAUAUUUUUUUUUAGAAAAAUCUAACUUUUUUUUUGUUAUUGCAUUUAUUCCAUCGGUAUAAGUUUGGGCAAUUUUUCUUUUUUUCCUUUCAUAUAUAUCUAUAAAUGUCAUCAUAAAAACUAAUUGACUAAUUAUAAAGUAGCUCGUAAUAAUAUAGUGAUUGUCAAUUUUUAAAUUGUUUUAAAAUUACAUUACGGGAAUAUUUAUUAGUUCAUAUGUAAUACAUCUUGGUGCCUAUUUUAUUACAAUUUACUAGUUGACUUACAAAAUGUAUAAAUUAUGUUUUAGUAGUUUUUAAUAUAAUAUGUUUAUUUAGAUAGAUACCUAAGUAAUAUGUUUUUGAUUUGGGUAUCUACUCUAUGUUCGAAACAUCUCUAUUUAUUAUAUUAUACAUACAUUUGUUUGGGUAAAGUUUUGUUAAAUAAUAUGUAAUAGUAGGUAUUUAUUGUUGUUACAAACCCUAAUUUUUAAGGACAAACCAAACAUUUCUUAGAAAUUAACGAACCAGAACCAACACAAACGAACUUGCACAUUCUUAUUUGAACCCAAACUGAACCUAAUUUUUUAAAUAUUUUAUCAAACUUUAACAUUAAAAACUAAAAAGGUUAUCCUGUUAUUUGAUGGUUUUGUGGAUUUUUCUUUUUUGUAACUAAGCCACCCUGUCCCAUCACAGAACAUUGUAUUAAUGACCGGACUGAAUAGAUAUCAAAUGAUUUUUGAACUGAACACCCAGAGUUUGGUUUGAUUCGAAAAUUGAACAGUUCGUAACAUCUCUAUUUAUUAUAUUAUAUUUUAUCAACAACAAAAUUAUUUCUACUUACCUAAAAUAAAUGUUAUUAUUUUUUAAAAUAUAUACUGCAGUUUAAUACAAAUAUUAUGUUUAUAAUACAAAAUGAAUGAACUGUGUAGUUACAUAUACUAUUUAUUAAUUCUUGUAGACUUUAAAAAACAAUACAUAAUUAAGUAUUUAUAAGUAAUUGUAUACCUAAGUAUGUACCUACAUUUAAAAAUGGAUUGUACCUACUUGGGAAAUGACACUUUACUUUUUCUAAACAAAAAAACAAAAACAUUUUUUAUUAAUUGUCUACCUAUUUAUUUUGUAAUAUGCAAUUUUAAAAUUAAUAUUUACAUUUUAUGUUUUAUUUAGGGUAAAGUUUAUUUAUUUGAUAAAGUUUUUAAGCCAAAUGCCAGUCAGGAUAAAGUUUAUGGAGAUGCUGCAAAGUCUAUUGUUUCAGGUAAAAUAUCUUAUAAUGUUUAUUGUUUAUUUAACUAGUUAUCUUCUUCUUCUUGGGUUAAUCGGCCGCUAGGACCAUCCCGUCUCACAACCAAUUCUCCAGGCAUCUCUAUUCAUCGCCAAAUUCUUCCAGUUUGCUCCGCCUCUUAAGACUUCUAUAUCUCUCUUAACUAAAUCUUCCCAUCUCAAUUUUGGUCUUCCUAAAGGCCUUUUUCCUACUGGAUUCUGUUCUAAAACCAUUCUUAGUAAAGAGUUCUGGCUUCGCAUUGCAUGUUCUGCCCACCGCAACCUUUUUUUCUUGAUCGUCUCUGCUAUGUUAUUUUCAUUAAAAAUUUCUUGUAGCUCUAUAUUUUUCUUUCUUCUCCACUCUCCUGUGAUGUUAUCUUUUAUUGGACCGAAGAUCUUUCGUAAUAUUUUCCUUUCUAGUAUUAAAAAUUUUUAAAAAAAUUUAACUAGUUAUAGUCACACUUUAUUAUACAAUCUAGAAUGACUAUCAAGCUCUAAAGCCCAGCAAGCAUUCUAUGAAUAAUUGGGUCAUACCUACUUGUAGCUUUCACCAAUAAAACUUUGGUUAACUUUUCAAGUUCCAAAACAUCUGUAUUUAACUAAAUAAAAAUAAUUUUCUGUAAAUACUGUUUGUGAUACUUGAUAUCUAUUGUUCUAUAAAGUGUUUUUUAAGAACCUAGUCAACUUAUCAAGCAUUUAUUAAAAUACAUAUAUUUGUUAAUUGCAUUUAGUAGUUAUUUAUAACUCAAAAUAAAUUAGUUCAAUAUUUUAUAUUACCCACUUCAAGUUUUAGGUAAAUGUUUUGUUUUUAAAUAAUAAAUCAAUUCUAAUAUGACACCCUUGUUUCAAAUAAUAGAUUUAAUAUCUUGUGUUCAUAUUUUUGAAAAUAAUAAGGUCCUGAUAAAAAGAUAGGCAUUUCAAUGUAUUUCGAGCUGUCUAUAACAGACUCUUUCUAUUACGGAAACGGGCAAUAAUAUUUUUAGUCAAUACCUCAAUAACAGACAUCUAUCUUAGUUUAAAAUCAAAUAUAUUGCAAAUUUGUAGCGUGUACAUACAUAUCACACAAUAGCCUCGCCGGUUUAUUUCAAAUACUGAUUAUGAUAGAUUACAUGUUUGAUAAUAUAUAGGGUUUGGGACUUAUUGCAUUUGAAAUUCAGAAAAAAACACUUUAAAGUGUCGAAAAGCCUUACUAAAGCAUUUCAAACAAAUAUUAUUAGACUAAACGGUAGAAGGGUUUAAAUGUCCUCUAUCUAACAACUUUAAAUUAUUAAAUAUGAUAUAUGAACCCUACUAUUAUCAAAAAAGACAAAAAUAACAAAAAACACAAAAUAUAAAGACUAUUUAGUGUUCAUUCCACAUAGCUUCACUAUUAUAGUGUUAUACAUUUUUCUCUAUUUGUUUUAAUUUUUUCUUUGCAAUACUACUUCCCUACUUGUCUAUAAUGAAUAUUUGUAUGCCCUUCAACUAUCCGUUAUUACCAGGCUUCACUGUAUAAUUGUUUUGUUUUAUUUUGUAUUAUUUAUAAAAACACUUUUAGGGAGGUUGUUAACAUAAUUAAGCUUGUUUUUGUGUACAAUUUUCUUUUGCAAUUCCAGAAAUUAAACAUUGACAAUACAUUAAGUACUUAGUUUAGAUAGGUAAUUUUUUUAUUUCUUAGUUUGAAUACAACUAGCAAAGUUUCAACUAUAUUAUUAGUACCUUAGCAAAAAAUAAUUUUAAUAAUACAUUUUAAUUUUAAGCUUCAUUUAGCUAGUUAUAGCUGAAAUUUUCAAGUACAUAAGAUUUUCAAGUUAGACUCACUAUUCUAUAUUUAUAUGAAUAGAAUGUGGGAAUAAAUUAUUAAUUUGUUUAUGUCACUUGAGUGCCUAUUUAUAAUUUAAAACUGAUAAAUGUUUUUUAGUCUUGUUUUAACAAUAAUAUUAACAUUAUGAGUGACAACAAAAUAUUUAUUUAUAGAUGUACUUGCUGGUUAUAAUGGAACAAUUUUUGCAUAUGGUCAAACUUCUUCUGGUAAAACCCACACCAUGGAAGGUGUUAUUGGUGAUCCAUCUAAACAAGGUAUUAUACCACGAAUAGUGAAUGAUAUAUUUAAUCAUAUAUAUGCUAUGGAAGAAAACUUAGAGUUCCAUAUAAAAGUUUCAUAUUUUGAAAUCUAUAUGGAUAAGAUUCGUGAUUUAUUAGAUGGUAUGUACUUAAAUUUCAUCUCACAAGUUUGAAUAGUUUAAUAUUCAUUCAAUAUUAUUUAUAGUAUCAAAAGUCAAUUUAAGUGUUCAUGAAGAUAAAAAUCGAGUUCCUUUUGUGAAAGGUGCUACUGAACGGUUUGUUUCUAGCCCUGAAGAAGUAUUUGCUGUAAUUGAAGAAGGAAAAUCCAACCGACAUAUAGCUGUCACAAGUAAAUGAGUGAUGAUCAAAUUAUUACUUCUUACUUUGUUAUUUUUACUUUAUAUUGUAAUAUUAGACAUGAAUGAACAUAGCUCAAGAAGUCAUAGUGUGUUUUUAAUCAAUGUAAAACAAGAAAAUUUGGAAAAUGAAAAGAAGUUAUCUGGAAAACUUUACCUUGUAGAUUUGGCUGGUAGUGAGAAGGUAAAUAAAUUGAGUUAUAAUUAAUAAUUAUGAACUUAGAUAAUAUGAAAAUAAGAUAUUUUUUGGUUAUGUGUACUACCGAAUGGUGUCACAAUUGAGAUAUCUUUGUUCCUCUGUUAACUACCUGACAUGGUUUUGCUAACAAAUCAGGAGUUGGUUUUUUUCAAUUAAAAUAUCACAUGGACUUGCAUACAGAUAAAAAUAUUUUUGGCUGACGGAUGUGUGUACAUUAAAAGUACAGUUAUACUCUGAGCUUAUAUCAGACUUUAAAUCAAAAAUAAACUCUGAUUUGUUUAUUAAAUAUGGAAUAGGUAACUGGAAGCUAAAAUAGCUUUGCCAUUUCAUGUCACUUUUAAUACAAAUUUUAAAAAUGCUGGUUUGGGUAGCUACUUAAUCAGGUAGUAACUGAAAAGUACCAAAAAUAAUUUUAUAGUACUGUACAAUAUUUAUAAAGUAAACAAUAAUAUUAAUUAUAAAGUAGUAGGUAUAUAAAGUAUAUAUACUUUUUUCUAUACAAUCAUUACUAUUAUUAGGUUAGUAAAACUGGUGCUGAAGGUACAGUUUUAGAUGAAGCAAAAAAUAUCAACAAAUCUUUAUCAGCUUUGGGAAAUGUAAUAUCGGCUUUAGCUGAAGAUAAAAAAACUCACAUACCAUAUCGGGACUCAAAAUUAACACGUAUCUUACAAGAAUCUUUAGGAGGAAAUGCAAGAACUACAAUAAUAAUUUGUUGUUCUCCAGCAUCAUUCAAUGAAUCUGAAACUAAAUCAACCUUAGAUUUUGGCCGAAGGUGAGUUUUAUAAUAUAUCUUUUAAUAAUAAAUUGUAAUUUCUUUCAUUAUAUUUAAGAGCCAAAACAAUUAAAAAUGUAAUCACGGUAAAUGAAGAAUUAACGGCAGAAGAAUGGAAAAGGCGUUAUGAAAAAGAAAAAGAGAAAUGCACUCGCUUUAAGACCAAAUGUGAUAAACUACAGGCUGAACUUAAUCGGUAAGUUAGUGAUACAAAUUAUUUAUAAGCUAGUGUUGACAUUAUUUUUCUUUCAUCAUUAAAAUAAUUUAGUUGGAGGUGUGGUGAGACUGUUAAAGAAAAUGAACAAAUUAAUUUACAAGAAUUAAUGGAAGUAUCUACACCAAAUGUUCAGAUUGAUAUUAAAAAAGGUAGAUCUUUCAAGAUUUUUUUUGUUUUUUUAAUUAUACUAUAAUUUCCCUGUGUUUUUAUGAAUUUAAUAUUAUGUAUGUAUAAAUAUAUAUAUAUAUAUAUAUAGAAUUAGUUGGACCAGUUCCUGCUAUUCCUGGAGGGGUUAUGACAGAAUCUAUGUCAACUGAAGAGAGACAAAAGCUGGAAGAAGAACGUGAAGCAUUAUUCCAACAGUUAGAUGAUAAAGAUGAAGAAAUUAACCAGCAAAGUCAGGAUAUAGAAAAGUUAAAAGAUCAGAUCUUGGAACAAGAAGAAGUAUAUUUAUCUUAUACAUAUUAUCCUAUAUAACCUAACAAUACAUACAAUACACAUUCACAUUAACAUUCUUACUACCUUAACACUAAUUUUAAUUAAGUCACUUAUUCAAUAUCACCACCUUGUUCUUAAAUCUUUUUCAUUAUUAUAAUAAAUUGUAUUUUAAUUUUAAACUUAUGUAUUACAGCUUCUAACAUCAACUCAACGAGAUUAUGAACAAUUGACCCAGGAAAUGCAUCGUAUAACACAAGAAAACGAAUCUGCAAAAGAAGAAGUUAAAGAAGUACUGCAAGCUCUAGAAGAACUUGCAGUAAAUUAUGACCAAAAAAGCCAAGAAGUUGAUGUGAAAAAUAAAGAAAAUGAAACCCUUGUUGAAGAAUUAUCUUUAAAAGAAGUAGAUUUACAUAAUAUUUUUUUUUUCAUAACUAAAACUAUGCUUGUCAAAGAGUAUUAAUGUCAGUUUAUUUUCUUAGUCUUCAUUAAAUUCUACAACCUCUGAACUACAAGAGUUAAAAGAUAUAUCUAUACACCAAAAAAAACGUACUACAGAUAUGUUAUCUAAUCUACUUAAAGAUAUAGCUGAAAUUGGUGUUGCCAUUAAUAGUGAAACUGAACUUAAUGUAAGUAAUUUUAAAAUCUAUAAUCUAUAUUAAAACAAUGUGUAAUUAUAAAUGUAUAUAUUAUAAUAGUAAUAAAAUAUAUUUAUAUUUAAGCUUCUAACUAACAGUGAUGGAAAUAUAAAAUUAGAUGAAGAGUUUACUGUUGCUAGAUUAUAUAUUAAUAAAAUGAAAUCAGAAGUGAAAAAUGUAGUUCAACGAUGCAAUUUCUUUGAACAGAGUCAAAACGAUAUGAACAAAAAAGUAAUUUUUGCUAGAUGUAGACUGUAUUCUAGUUAAUAUUAAAACUUUUUACUGUCAUUAAAUUUAGGUUAAUGAUUAUGAGAAAGAGCUAGCAGAAAGUCGAUUAAAAAUAUCACAGAAUGAUGCACGUUUAAAGUCUAUGCAAGAAUCAUUAAGAGAAGCUGAAAAUAAAAAACGAACUUUGGAAGAAAAUAAUGAUACUCUACGUGAAGAAUUUGCUAAAAUGAAAGCAGCUGGUAUAAACAUAUCAUUAAGCAAUCACGAGAUUAUAUAGUUUUUGGCUUAUUAAAUCAAAAUUUAUAUUUUUUAGAGCAAGUUCAUAUUGUAUCCUCAUCAAAAGAAAAAGCCGAAGAAAAGGAAAAAGCAAUUAGUAUGCGAGCUGCUCUGGAACAACAAAUGGAUCAAAUACAUGAUGUUCAUCAAAAGCAGGUACCUACUUGCAAUAUUUCAAAAGAAAAAAAAAAUAAUACAUUGAAAAAAUUAUACAAUUUGUUUUCUAGGUUGCCGAUUUAAGAGAUGAAAUAAGUGAAAAACAGCAAGUGGUUGCAGAACUUAAAGAUCAAGUUCAAAAAUUGUCAUUGGCUCAACAACAACUACAAACAGAUUUUAAUAAGUUAUUACAGGAAGAUCAAGAUAAGAGUCAGAGACUUCAAGAAUAUGUAUUGGCUAAUGAGCGACGCGAACAAGCACGUAAAGAUCUUAAAGGUUUGGAAGAUACUGUUACAAAGGAACUUCAAACAUUACAUAAUUUACGCAAAAUAUUCGUGCAAGAUUUACAAGUGUGUUUCACAAUUAAAUUAAGUUGCAUAGAUGUAUAAAAUAAACAUUUAUCUUUAUAGUCUCGCAUGAAAAAAUCGACUACAGCUGAUGAUACUGACGAAACAAGUAGCAGUGGUACAUUAGCCCAAAGACAAAAAAUAAGUUUCCUGGAGAAUAAUUUAGACCAGCUUACAAAGGUUCAUAAACAAUUGGUCAGAGAUAAUGCAGAUUUACGAUGUGAACUACCUAAAUUGGAAAAAAGAUUACGUGCUACAAUGGAUCGGGUCAAGGUAAAUUAAAUGAUUAAAAUAUUAUAAGAUUGUGGGAUAUAUGUGUAUUCAAUUUUUUUAGGCACUUGAAUGCGCAUUAAAAGAUGCCAAAGAAGGUGCUAUGAGAGACAGAAAACGAUAUCAAUAUGAAGUUGAUCGCAUCAAAGAUGCAGUGAGGCAAAAGAAUUUAGCUCGUAGAGGACCAAGUCCGCAGAUAGGUAAUUUCAUCCUAAGUAUAUUGUAUUAAUGUUAAAAUUUGCAUAAAUUAAAUUUUUUAUUUUAGCAAAACCAAUAAGGGCUGGUCAACAUAAUAUUAUAGCAAGUAACCGUAUAAGUGAAGAUGAAUUGAAAAAACGAAAAGCCUCUAUUAUAAAUGGUAUAUAUUAAUUUAUUAUAAUUUUCCUAGUUUUUAUAUGAAAAUGUUUUCAAACAAGAUUUGUUUUAUGUAAUUUUCAGAAGUUGCUGAAAGUAAUUAAGAGCUUUUCUAUUUAAGCAAAUUAAUGAUGCUCUUACCAAAAGCAAUGUUUUUACUGCAUGGUGGAAGUGUUUGUAUUUAAUUAUGCAAAUCGAGUUUAUAUUAUUUAUAAAAUAUAAUUUUUACUACACAAUUUUAAAAAUUUAAUCAGUUAUUGCACCUUUUAUUAAAUAAAAUAUAAUAUAAUAAUAAUUAUACACUUAUAAUGAUUAUAAGCAAGUGUUAUCAACUUAAACAGCAACUGUUAUUUAAAAGAAGAAAUUCUUUAAAAUAAUUGAAAUUCAUAUGCUUUCUAGGUGCUGUUUUUUUUUUGCUUUCACAUUGUUUGUAUUUAUUAAAAUCAAAAAAAAAAAAAAAAAAUUGGUUUUAUAUCUUCUAUUCUACACUAUCAAAUUUUACUUGGCUUUAAUUAUAUUUAUGUAGAGGAAAAUACAAUUUUUAUAUUAUUAUUAUUAUUAUUAUUAUUAUUAUCAUCAUUGUGUAUUUUAUAACCAAUAUCUCAACAAUAUUAUUUAAAAUCUUUGAUUUAAUUUUUGUCUUAUAUUUAUUUAUUAAACAUUUUUCCUAUUUUUUAAAAUGUUAAAUUUUGUUAAUUACUACAAAUUUGACAUACAAAUAAUAGUAUAGAGGUCAAAGUACAUUUUUUUUUUUUUAUCAUUGGAUUUUAUUAAAAAAAAAAAAAUUAUGAUUCAAACGUGGUUUUAAUACUGUGUAAUUUAAAGUUAAAGUAUAAUAAUAUUAAACUAAUUAAAUUUAUUAAUUUAACAUUAAAAGAUUUUUGAAUGGAGUUUAUACAUUUAAUUUGCACUUAUAGAAUACAUAUAUUUACUUUAAAUUCUGCCAAUUUAUUUGAAUAACUAUUUUUAUUUAUGUAGACUUAAAUGUAAACAUCAGUAGUUACACUUUUAUUGCCUUUAAUUUUUUCAUAUAUAUUAAUUAAAAUGAUUUAAUUUUUUUUUUCUGUUUUUUCAUAUAAAAUGUCUAUAAUUAGGUGAAGGGUUUUCAUAUUUAAAGAUCGGCUUCACAUUUAGUGAGUAACAAUGCAAAACUAAUGAAAAUCUAAAUAACACUAAUUCAUUAAAAUUUGUAUGAAAUAAACUGAUGUGCAUCUAAAUAAAUCUACUAUACAAUUUAUUAUUAAAUUUUUGUGGUUUGAUUUGUGAAAACCAAAAAAAUAUUCCAUUUAAUUAUAAAUAAUUAGUUUAUUAGUGGUUAAUUUUAUUCUAUGGGCUACAUUUGUUUAAUUAUACAAGUAAUGUAGAAAAAAAAUAUAAUAGAUUUAAAAUAAUAUCAUAUACCUAAUUAUUAUGAAGUUUAUUGAAACAAAAAAAUUAUUUAGUUUUAUAAUAUAUACCUACUUAUGUAUUGUUUUUUAAAUUCACAAAAAUUAGUAAAUUUUAUAUGUAAUUACAGAAUUAAUUCAUUUUGUAUUGUAAACAUAUUAUUUGUACUAAGCUGCAGUAUAAGUUUUAAAAAGUAACAUUUAGCUGAAUCUCUCAUCUAAUUGUUGAAAAUGCUUAAAAUAUACAUUCAAAUUAUGAUAUACAGUUUAAAUGUUUUAUUUAUAACUGAUUAUACCUUUUUCAUUCUGCAAACAAAUUUGAUCCUGAUUAUAAAAAUUAUAUAAAAAAUAAAUAUAAUUUGUAUGCUUAUAACAAUCAUAUGAAUUUGUCCAUGGAUACUGCAAUUUGUUUUGAACUGAUAAGUUAAAUUAAUG